AUGUGCUUUGGACCCCACAGUCUGCCAGCUUCCCUAUUUUCGAAGAAUGCCUCCGCUCAGUACCAUGGCGCUGACACACCCGACGAGCCUGAUUCUGGGCUGGAACUGGAUCUUCGAGGCCGUAAACAUGUCAACCAGCAAGACAACGCCGACGCCUUGUAUUGGAUGCAGGAUGACACUGGCAGUGCGUUCAUAGCCUUUGCUGAUCCUGGAGAAGCCAGUGCCAAUGCAUUUCGCACGUUCAUUCAAGGACGCCUCCCGCAUGAUCUCGUUAGGGAUGAGUACGGUCGUAUCACGCCUAUCGCGCAGGUGUCUCACGACCAUCUGCCUACACUACAAGCGCAACUGUGGCUGCACAAGUACGCUGGAGAGGCGCACACGCCAAUGCUAGUGGACAAGUGCGGUCCAAUUAUCCAGCAUAUGUCACAUGAUCCGCCGCAACUAUCAGACAGCAAUGCCAUGACGGAAAAGAUGCUCUUGGUUGCAAGUCACUUCACUUUCAUCGUUGGCCUGCUACAAUCAAAAUACAUCUUCGUCCACCGCAAGAAGUCCAACAGCACAUGUGAGCUGCCUGGCUGUCAAAAGCAGUCCGGCACGCAACCAGUCGUUCCGACAAUCGUUAACCUGGAGCCAUUGAUCCACUGGGCAACUGUCACCUUAGCAGCCGAUAUCUCUCUGUGUCGCGGCCGCGUCCAGGCUUUCAGACGUGACGGCGAGAAAUGCGGUGAUCCUUUGUGGACGCAGGCCAUCAGGAAAUUUAUGCCUGAAAAUGCACCGUCCUACUGUUUGGAUUGUCUGGAGAUGCUGAUGGAUAAUCGCGUGCCGAUUAUGGCAAGUCUGGAUCGUCGGAGUGUAUCGAAUUCGUUCACGGCGAUCAAUGCUCAGCCUGCCUAUUUGACCGAAGCUGAGUUCUUGAGGGAUUCGAUUGGCGGAUCAGAGAAACACGUCGAGCAUGGUGAUUAUCGAACAGUGGCUCGCGUUUAUGAGUUGCCGGCUUCUCGCAAUAGCCCAGAUGUCCAGACUCGUGCUGCUCCUCUCAACCUCGAUGGUGCUUGCGAUGUGCGACCGGAUGAAGAUUCACACAAUGUUGUCGGAUCUGAUUGUUGGGUCACCUCCUGUGAUAAGGCAUCAGCCCGUCUUAGUGACAGCAACGGUCCAGAAAGUGACUCUGCGAGUUCAGCUACAGAUACAACACCAUUAUACGUCAGAUACUUCCACGCCACAAUCCCUCCCUGGCGCUGUGCCUCAAGAUGA